ACAAAACCACCAGCUGCAAGAAGACCAUUGAGAAAAGAAGUUGUUUCUCAGCACACCCACUCAUCGCGUCCUCUCACUUCUGGUUAUCAAACAAGCUCAGUGCCGUAAUGGUCCACAAGAAGGAAGUACAAAAAUGAAGAAAAAAAAAAGAACAGCGAUGGGGAUGAGGAGGUUGAGCGUCUGUUGAAUUGAAGACAGCGGCAAGGAGACUCUCAGGGAGGAUGGAUGACAGAAACAGAGCGAUGAUUGUGUUUUUUCUGCUCUGUGUGUUUGCAGGUGUGCCAGCAGAGGGCCAACCUCUGCUGGAUGUGUGUGCAAGCUGCCACGUUAAUGCCACGUGUGACGACAAGUUAGAUGGCUCGGGCAAAGUUUGUAACUGCAAGUACGGCUUUGUCGGAAAUGGAAGAGCCUUCUGUCAAGACAAAGAUGAGUGUCAGAUAGGAGCCAGUAAGAUCUGCGGGCAGCACACCACUUGCCACAACACAUUUGGCAGCUACCACUGUACCUGCUCGCCUGGCUACAGCCCCUCUAACAGCAUGGACAUCUUCAUCCCAAACGAUGGAACCCACUGCCAGGACAUUGACGAGUGCAGGAUCACAGGGCUGUGUGGAGACGGAGGUCAGUGCAGGAACCUUGAGGGCAGUUUUGACUGCAGCUGCCAGGUGGGAUACAGAGUCCAUGAUGGAGCUGAGCCUUUUCACCCAAUGAGGGACAAAGCUUCCUGCAAAGUGGUGGACUGUGGCCUGCCAGCCUCAGUGGAGGACACGGUGCUGCUGUCAGUCACAGGAACCACAUACAGCAAUGUGGCCAUGUUUGCCUGUGAUGACGGCUUUGUGUGGAGGAUGGGAGACAACAGCUCUGUAUGUGGAGCUGAUGGACUGUGGAGAGGACCUACUAUGGUCUGUGAAGAGGUUGACUGUGGCGCCCCCCCUGCCCUCCCUCACUCUCACAUGCUGUGGAAUGAGAGAUCAAGCAUGGGUGCUGAGGUGGUUUAUCAGUGUAACUCUGGAUAUCAUAAUGUUGGAAAGGGAAAUGUCUCCAUCUGUACUGCAGCUGGACUGUGGGAGAGACCAUCUGUGCUUUGCCAAGAGAUCUUGUGUGGAAGUCCUCCUUUAAUAGAAUCCACUGAGCAGAUGUGGGAUAGUAACUCCACUCCUGGCAGCACUGUGCUCUAUUUCUGUAAGGAGGGUUUUAAUAACAACGGAGGGCAUAAUGAGUCCAUCUGCAAUGACAACGGUCAGUGGACACCACCAACGCUGUCCUGUCAAGAGAUAUUAUGUGGAGACCCUCCUAUUCUGCCCCACACUGGGCAAGUGUGGAAUGGCAGCUCCACCCCUGGAAGCACAAUGACUUACUACUGUAAAACAGGAUUUUAUCACAAUGAGGGAAACAGUGUGUCACUGUGCACAGUUAAUGGUUACUGGUCAAAGGCAGACAUCUCAUGCAAAGAAGUCAACUGUGGUGAGCCUCUCCCCAUCCCUCAUUCAGUGAUGCUGUGGGAUAAACUCUCCACUGUGGGCUCUCAGGUUGUUUAUCAGUGUAACCCUGGAUAUGUCAAUGUCGGUGGGGGGAAUGUUUCAGUUUGUACUGCCAUUGGAGAAUGGCACGAAGCUUCUCUCCUCUGUCAAGAAAUCAAUUGCGGGGAGCCUGUUUUUAAAGCCCAUGCUAAAAUGAUAUGGGAUGGCACGUCACACAUUGCUAGUGUGGUGCAUUACCAAUGUGAGGAAGGAUAUCGCACCAGCAGCCUGAGAAACUACUCAGUAUGUGGAGAGAAUGGACUGUGGGAGGAUAUUGAUCUAUUGUGUGAAGAAAUAAGCUGUGGUCCCCCACUAACCCACCCACACACUAACGUCCUGUGGGACCACACCAGCACCCCUGGCAGUGUUGUGAUAUAUGAAUGUAUGGAUGGAUUUUACCAGGAGAGUGGAAAUAAUAUUUCAUCAUGUUCACUAUCAGGAGAGUGGGGGAAAGUAUCUGUGAAGUGCAAAGCUAAAUGUGGCCCGGUUCCCUUCCUGGCCAACUCAGAGGUGGUGUGGCAUAACAGAAGUGUAGUGAUCCACCGCUGUGUGGUGGGACAUCACAGCUGGAGGGGCAGCAACGUGUCUGUGUGUAGCAGCUCUGGAGUCUGGCAGGAAGCUACUCUGACAUGCAUAGAAAUUCAGCCUCCAAUCAAUCACCUAUCUAUCUUUAAUGAAAACUGUCUGCGUUGGAAAGCAGAGAAAUAUGAGGAGGAUACAGAAGUUUACAAGGUGACUUAUACUGGCUCCAGAGACUAUCAGGGAUCCUGUACUGACAAAAGGAAGCAGUUUCUGAGCUCCAAGGCUGAGCAACUGGAACUCUGCCUCAACCUGCUGCCGGUCACAAACUACAGCAUCUCCAUCACUGCAACGUCAGCCAGAUUCACAGCCAGCAUCACCACCAACACCAGUUUACCAGUACCUGUAGCACCAGUCAUCUACUACAGAGAAUUUGAGACUCCUUUACCAACUCUGAGGCUGCGUAGAUCACCCAACACACUGGAUCCAAUAAGUUUGUACCAGGUGUUUGUGCUUCCUGUCGAGGGCAUCAUGAUGUUUGACUGCUCCUCUCCUGCGAGCUUAGACAGCUCAAAUAACACAAAGCCACCAGCAGAGUACAUCACUGCCCAGUUCAACAUCCAGCGCGUUGGGACCGACAUGAAUUUUACUGUAGGAGAUGGGUUCCUCUAUGGAGGCUUCGAUAACACACCGCUGGAGAGUGGCACCAACUACUACAUCAUCCUACGAGCUGUCAGCCAGUGGAAGACUGCCUUAAAAAGUUGCUGUGUCCUGUGGGCUAAAGUAAGAGGUACAUCGUAUGUUCUGAGAGUUUCAUCGCUCGCUGCUGCUGCAUUGAUAGGACUGCUGGCAUUGGUUCUUCUGGGGACAUACAGUUUCACCUGGUGUGUGAAAAGGACAAAACACUCCUGAAUAGUGAUGUUCUGUAAUUACAGUCCUGACUUCCUGGCUGUACAUUUUGUAAAUAACUAUAUAAAAUUUGUUAAAUGUAAUAAUUAUAAUAAAAUGCUUUCAGUAAUUGU